UCAACGCAGCGCCGGCAUUAGGAAGGAAACUGCGGGGAGACUUACUCUACGAGACAACCGUACGCGUGGACACCUAGCGAAGAACACAAUGGCCGUGGAACUGUACAACGCUCCGGGAAGCCCGCCCUGCACGUUUGUCAGGGUCGUGGCCAAGAAACUGGGCGUGGAGCUCAAGUUGCACAACUUUAACCUGAUGGCCAAGGAACACCUGAACCCCGAAUUCAUCAAGUUGAACCCGGAACACACCGUCCCCACAAUCAACGACAAUGGUUUUGUUCUGUGGGAGAGCCGGGCCAUUGGCACGUACCUGGUGGACAAGUAUGCUCCGGACUCCACGCUGUACCCGAAGGACUUGCAGAAGCGAGCCACCGUGAACAGGCUGCUCUUCUUCGAGUCUGGCACAGUGUUGUCGGCACAGAUGGCCUACUUCCGGCCGAAGUGGUUCAGGGGUCAGGAACCGACCCCAGACCUGAAGGAGGCGUACGAUAAGGCCCUGGGCACCGCCGUCACGCUGCUGGGAGACAAGAAGUUCCUGUGCGGCGACAACGUGACCCUGGCGGACAUCGGCCUCGCAUGCACGUUGGGAGUAGUCAUUGAGGGCGCCGAGUACGAAGGCCUCGAGAAGUUCCCCCAGUUGAAGGAGUACUACCAGCGCUUCAAGAAGGCCCUCCCCGAGUACGAACAGGUUGCUGCCGAUGCCCUGAAGCUCAUCCGCGACAUGGUGGCUCGCGCUAAGAGUGGACAGAACCCCCACGGUCCACCGAAAUAAACGGCCGAGUGACCUCAA